AUGCCAGCCACUCCCACCCAAGGUGUAGGUACGGGUGCAGCAGAUGGCUGGUUCAUGGCUGUUCUGACCCUAGGAGCUGGAACUGGCACAGGUGCUGACUGGACAACCGCUGCCUCCACCCAGAGAUCAGAAACUCGGCGAGCGGGGCGUCAGCUGUGCUCCCUCGAAGUACCGAUACAGGUGCAGCCUUCAACAGAGCUGGGUUCAAAGACAGGAAUAAUCACAGAAGGGAAGCCGACACUUCACUGGUCCAAAGCUGUGUUUCUGUACAUUGUGCUGUUCUGCAUCUCUCUGAUCACUGUUGCUCUGAACCUCCUGGUCAUCAUCUCAGUCUCCCACUUCAGGCAGCUGCACACACCCACUAACAUCCUCCUCCUCUCUCUGGCUGUCUCAGACUUACUUGUGGGUCUCCUGUUGAUACCUUUAGAAAUCUUUAGAAGCACAACCUGCUGGGUAUUUGGUGAUGUUAUAUGUUCUUUUUAUUUUUAUCUGACUGGCAACAUUACCUGUGCUUCAACAGGAAUCAUAGUUCUAAUUUCAGUUGACCGCUAUGUAGCUAUUUGUGACCCUCUGCAUUACCCCAGCAGAAUGACUGUGGCGAGAGUGAAACUCAGUGUUUGUCUGUGUUGGUUUUAUGCCGUUUUCUACAUCACUCUUUGCCUAAAAGACUUCCUAAUUAAACCAGGCAGGUAUAAAUCCUGCUAUGGAGAGUGUGUCCUUGUCAUCAAUGAUAUUGCAGGAACUGCUGACCUUGUUUUAUCUUUUUGUGUUCCCAUCACUGUCAUCAUAGUUCUGUAUAUGAGAAUAUUUGUAGUGGCUGUGUCUCAGGCUCGUGCAAUGCGCUCUCACGUGGCAGCAUUUGCAAAAUCCAAAUCUGAGUUGAAAGCAGCCAGGACUCUGGGUGUUCUAGUAGUUGUGUUUCUUGCAAGCUACUGUCCAUUUUACUGCUAUACCCUUGUUGAAGAAAAUGUGAUCAAUGAUUCAUUUGCAUUUUUUGUGAUCAUUGCCUUUUAUUUUAACUCUUUUCUAAAUCCAAUGAUCUAUGCUUUGUUUUAUCCCUGGUUUAGAAAAUCUUUUAAACUUAUCAUCACUCUGCAGAUCUUUAAGCGUCACAGCAGUGAUACUAACAUAUUAUAA